GGAAAAGGAUGAAGAAGAUAAGGAGGGGAGGGAAGGGGGAGGACAAGAAGGAGGAUGAAGAGGAGGGGAGAAUAAAGAGGAGGAGGAGGAUGACAAAGAGGAGAAAGAUGAAGAGAAGGAUAAGGAGAGGAGGAGGAGGAGCACCUCAUUUCUCUGUUGCUCAUGGAUCAGUUCACUUUUCACCUGCAUCAAUAACCAGCAGCUGCUGAAUUUUUACCACCGUGUUUAUCAUUUUGAACCCGGACUCUGAUUCGGUUCUACUGGUUCUAAUGUUUCCACCCGAGUCCGGAUGGGGAUGGACGUCUCUGUCUCUGGCUGUUCCACGUUCCGCAUCGACUCCCUGCUCUCCCUUCGGCCGCCCGGCGGCUGCUCGGCGCCUCCUUCUCUGCGCAGGGAGCCCGUCCUCCGCCUGGACGCUCCACCACAGCGGCACCAGCCCCGAACCGUCAGCUCCUCCUUUCUGAUCCGGGACAUCUUAGCAGACUGCGGGCCCUGUUCUGACCCGGGACAGGCUGAAGUAGCAUCCGGACCGGAUGUGAACGAGUGUAGAGGUCAGGGCGACAGCUCGAACUCAACGCCGGCUCAUCUCAAGAAACCCCGUAAAGCUCGGACAGCGUUCAGUGACCUGCAGCUGUCGAGGCUGGAAAGAAGCUUCCAGAAACAGAAGUACUUGAGUGUUCAGGACCGGAUGGAGCUGGCAGCAUCACUGCAGCUUAGUGACACCCAGGUCAAGACCUGGUACCAGAACAGGAGGACCAAGUGGAAGCGCCAGUCAGCCGUUGGCCUGGAGCUUCUGGCCGAAGCCAGUAGGAUGUUCCUGCCCUCACACUACCUGUACUCAGCAGCUCCGCCCACACUGGACCUCUACCUGUACACGAGCCACGGGCGGCGGCACCACGCGGCCCUGCCUCUGCUGCCCCGAAACCCAACCCAUACAGACCCGGAUCCCUGCUGAGGAGGAGCCGCCUUUGGACAUUAACGAAAUGUAUCUUUUAAUAAGGUUUAAGGUUCUUUUCUGCACUUCGAACUCAAUAAAACCUGUUUCCCCCAGCUCCGGUUCUGCUUCGCUGUUCUCUUCGUCCACUUUAUGGAACUUUGUAAGAAACACCCAAUGGACAAACCAGGAGGAGAUUCAAAGUGCAGCAGGUUCUUCAGUGCCGUGAAUGCCGACGCGCAGCUUUUUACAGUAAACACAAAAAGUGGCAAAAGCUUUGUGGCUUUGUGCAUCUGAUUGAUCAUCCAGAACCAGUCAGACAUGGACUCUGGGACGGGCUUAAAGAGCAGUCAGCCGGUUAUUAGGACAGGGUGAAACAUUAACGUAGGUAAAAGGCUGCAAUGACACGUGACCACAACUGAGGAGCCAGCGAGUCCGUUUAAUGGAACCACGGCUCGUGUUUCACCCAAACAGUUCCUGACUUCACUGGGGUCAGGGCAGCUGGUGAGGAAGGAGGUUCGUUACCUCUGUCCUGGGGU